UUGUGAAUGGUUUGGGUUGGGUUGGUGUAAGUCCCUGGUGGCUAUUAUGGGCUCUGUUUUUUCCAAAAUGUACUGUUCUGCUGCACAUGUGCAAUAUAUCGCCGUGAUCAUCACGAUCGGAGCUGUCGAUUGCGAUAAUGCUUUGUUCAGAAUGGGGUCAUGUUGAAACAUAACUUUAGCUUUGGAAAGCCUCAGUAACUUGCCGGGAAGUGUCAAUUCAUUUGUCAGUCCAAGUAUAUAAACUAUUUCCUCUGACCCCAUGGCAAAUGAUGAUUGUGCAAUUUAACACAGUUGUUAGCGCGAGACGAUUAUAGGCCGUUGUUAAACAUGUCUGUAUGAAUGUUCAUAUUAACAGCACUUGCUUCUUUAGCAGGUUGUUGAAAAUGUCUAUUUUGAAUCCGAUCUGCUUGGCGGUAGAAAAAUAAUCCGUCUGUCUAUCCUUUCAGGGUAUUAUGGGUUUAAAGACCUUUUAGUCUAAUGAGUUGUGGUAUCAUUUUUCAUAAGUCGUAUUUUGUCUAACCCAGAAUUUGUUCAUAAGAUCACUGAACACCGAUUUUUCCAUUGAAGGGGAAAAUGACUUUAGAACGAUUUUGUAUAUAAUGGCCUCCUUAUAGAUAUGUGCGAUACAUUGUCCGCCAUUUGUAAGCAAUCGGAUUUGGUUUGUUGAUGAUACAGAUAUUAUUUCAGAACAGUUAUAAACUGUGUCUAUCUUUUAUUGAUAGGAAUAGGUUAACGUUGUAUCUUAUCUGUAGGCGGUAACUCUGAUUUCAAAAUACCACACAUCUUUUGAAACGAGAGUGAUAAAAUCUAAUAAAAUAUUUGGUAGUACAUAGUACUACAUACAUGUGUAAUGAUUAUAAACAUAUCAUUUUUGUGGGUCCAGCACCUUUGAUUACCUAGCUAUGAUGCUGGAUUUCAUACAUUGAAAUUUACAAGACAUACACAUGAGAAUAUUAAUAUUAUGUGCAUGUUUACUGUAUUGCAUGUUAUUUACAAUUGUAUGAAUGAUUCCAUUACAAGUGAUUGUGUGUCGGUGAAGUAACUUACAUUUCUCAUUGACAGGUACAUUUGAAGUUAGUUUCUCAAUUUUAGAUUGUGAAAGAAGUUUUCAACCAAAUUUCAUAAUGGACUGUCCGAAAACAUGGAACAAAUUAUUCUGAAUUAUCAUACUUUUUCCCAAAAAAUCUGUUAUAAUGUGUUCGGAAGAUUAUGUUUGGACAAUUUUUUUCUUUGUGACAUACAUGUAUGAGUUCAAUAAGUUGUUCCCUGAUACUGGCUUAUAUUUUGAAAAAAAUGAUGUUAAUUGACUUCCUGCUCUCAAAAAAUAAAUGGAAUAGGAUUUUUUGAUAUUUUGAAGCCUUAUAAAUACAGUAUCUUCAAAUUCAAUAAUAAAAACUGAGUUCUGGAGAUUUCUGAAAGCACCCCUGUGCCACCUUAAGUAGUGAGUUCAGCUGGCUCAAAGGCCAAGUGAGAGGAGUAACCUGGCCUGAAGAGCUAAGUGAUUAUGAGCUUAUAAUGCUACCAAUGCUAUCAUUAUCAUUUAAUUAAUGGACCCUACAUUACCAUGAUAGUUAUAAUUCAUAGUGUUCUUCCUUGAAGAGUGAUGGAAUUUGAAUUUAAAAAGCAAUUGCUAUUUAAUUUCCUCUUGUCCUGACAUUCAUAGCUUGUAAUGACCUGUCACAGGCGGGUUCUACUGAAAUCAUUCAUUUUCAUAAUUAACAAUGCAGAUCUGGCAGUCUCGAUUCCCAUAUAUUUGCAUCAGAAUGGGCUCUUCAUAUUAUCACGUCAAAUGUUUUGCUGACAGAGUCAACAGAUACAUUUGAGUUUUGCAUAAUGUAUGAUAUGUUACAAGUCCGUUACACCGAAUGAGGAUUCAGCAAUUUUUCCAAGAAAAAGACUUGAAAAUACAGAAAAGCUUGCAUUUGUUAAACUCUUUUAGAUUUUGCAAUCUUUAAGCCACACCAAGAUGUUUGAUUCCUGAUGUGAUGACACCCAUCUUUUCCGAUGAAAUCCUCCGAUUUCAAGUUCUUUCUCUCCACGACAUUGGAUGGUCCUCUCUGACAUGGAUGAUGGGGGAUCUUUCUUAGAUGUUAUAAAUGAGAAUGACUUGUUUGGGAAUGCUGUUGGACCAGAUGAUGAUGGGAAUUCAGGGUUUAACUGGGCAGACGAGUUCCUGUCAACGACAGGAGUUGAUGAUAAUGCAGCAAAUGCACAUGUAGUCCAAAAUGAGACAAUUAGUCCGGUUGAGGUCGUGCCGCUGUCUAUCCCAAACCAUAUCACAGUACAGCAAAAUGUUGUCAAUGCUCAGGGUUACCUCGCCCAGAGCUCGGCAGUGCCAGCACAGGGGGUGCCACGGUCGGCAUCCCUUGGGGGUAUGCAGAUUGUCCAGGGUGCAACAGGGCUUGUGCAACAGACAACAGCUACUCCACAAACCCAGCAGAUCAACAUGUCAACUGUGGGGCAGCUACAGCAGGGGCUGGGUCAGCAGAUUGUGCAGGGCCCCAAUGGACAGCUGAUCCUGAAGCCUGGGGGUGGGGGCCAGAUUUUCUUCCAGACCCAGCCCCAAAUCCAGUCCCUACAGUCGGGCAGCACGCAAGCAUCCAGCCUGCAGCAGGUCCCUGCGUCAUCACAGGUCAUCAACCGCAUUCUCGCUCCCAACCAGAGUCCCGUGUCCACCUCUCCCAUUGUCAGUCGAGCCAUCACACCGGUGACAUCUUCGAAUGUUGGUCGAUCUCUCACCCCUAUCCAGAGUUGGGCAGGUGUGAACCCUGUCACCAUGGUGACAAACAAUGCCAACACUCCACAGGUAUUCGCAAGGAACAUCCCAAUUCAGUUCAACAACCCCAAUGCUGGGAUACAGCUGCAGGGGCAGUCUGCCGUCCUCCAGCAAGGUCAGGGCGCCAUCCUUCAACAGGGUCAAGGACAGAAUACAAUACUGCAACCUACACAAGGAAGUAAUACAAUGUUACAUCAGAAUCAGGGACAACCAGCUGCAGUAUUACAGGGUCAAGGACAAAAUAUUGUGAAUACUCAAAAUACUGUGAUUCAAAACCCCAAUGUGGUCAAUUUGAAUGUUGCACAUGUGUUGUGUAACUCACAACUACAAAAUCAGUCUGGGUCAACAGUUCAUCAUAUGGCCCCCAACAUCCAAGGAACAUUAAUACAGACAGCUGAUGGUAAACAUAUCAUCAUUCCCAAUAACAGUGUUCCUCAGACUGUCGGGGGCCAAUCUAUCAACUUUCAGAACUUACCUCAGAUGACAAUCCAGCCCCAGUUGAACAUUGCACAGAACACCAGCAGUGGGUCCAAUAUGGUGUUUGGGAGCACAAGCAACCUUACUGGAAACUUGGGUAAUGUGAUUCGACUGGCCACUCCUGGAGUAGGCACUACCCAGACCCCUGCUCCUACUCAAGACAAGGCAAAUCAGCCCCAGCAACCAUCACAUUAUAUAGGCGUCAACCAACAAGGACAGCAAAUUCUCAUUCAAAGGACCCAAAAUACUGCUGGUCAACAGCAAAACAUCAUUCUGCGGACUUUGAACCCCAACAUUGUGCAGCUAUCACAACAGCAGCAGCAGCAGCAGCAGCAGCAGCAACAGCAACAACAACCACUGCAAACUUCUGGUGGUAUCCAAACUACCCCGCAAAUUGCAGGUACGCCGGGAACACAGCAAGUAUUGAUGACAACGCAGGCCCAGGGCAUUCAACUUCAGCGUAUUGUCAACACGUCACAGGGGCAGCAGGUCAAACUCAUCAGCCACGGAGGUGGUCAGGCAGCUGGCAUGCCUUUAACCAUCAACUGGCAGGGAAUGCAGAAUGCCACAAACAGUGCCAUUCCCACAGCAAUCCAAAUGGUUCCUCAACAACAGGUACCGAAGACUAUUAGUUCUAGUUCUGACGUGUCAGACAUGUCUGUGCAUCAACAGCCAUCGUCCUCCCAGGUCGGAAUGGUUCUCAAUUCUCAGCCUGUCUCUGUGAAAUCCAUAUCAAAUCAAAACCAGUAUAUUCAACAACAACAGUCACAAUCAACAACACCAAGACAAACCGUGUAUUCCACACCUUCAUCAUCCAAAAUCUCCUUGAGCUCUGCCUCAGCCACAGCUCAGCCAAAAGACAUCACCACCCAUACGUCUGCAUCACCUCAUCAUCUUAUCCAGAAUCUGCAGGUUCCUCUGGUAUCACAAUACUCGGGGGCCUCCACCACGCCCAAUUUGAGUACUGCAAGUACCACUACUGUUACUACCACAGUGACCCAGUCUCGGGUUCCUGUGACAACCACCAGUCAAGGCACCAACCAGGUCAUGUCGUCCGUCCAGCUUCAGCAGCUUGUGGCGGGAGCAAGCCAGAAGCAGAAUGUACUGCAGGCAAGAGAUAGUGCACCGAAACUUCAGCACACCAUACAGCUAACCCCCGAGGCUCAGGCUCAGCUACAACAGAUACAGGAAAAUCUCAAGAAGUUGGGCGGGGUUAAAAACCUGAGCACUGCGCAGAAAGUGCAGCGCAAACAUUUACAAGAACUUCAAAAGAAAAUUUUGUCGGAAGGUCAGAUAAUAAGGCAGACAAUUCAAAGCACAGCAUCACCUCUCACACAGCAUUUAAUUAAUCAACAGACACAACAGCCAGUACAAUACCAAACUCAAAAUCUGAUUGGACAAAGUGUUCAGCUAAUAGGACAGAACCAAAAUACUCCAACAGCACCUCAUCUUGUGAUAGGCCAGCAGCUGCCAAAGCCAAUCAUAGGCCAAGGGGCAGUGAUGAAACCAGAGGUUGCAUCAUUUCAGGGGUCUGUGAAGGACCCUGCUCAAGGGACCAUGGGAAUCGUGCAAUCACAGCAAACACCAACGCAAUUUGUGCAGGCCACAAUAACGGGAUCAGCUACACCAGCUGGAAAUCUAGUCAUCAAAACUGAAGCUAUGCCAACCUCAUCUCUAUCCACACUGAUAACCUCAUCACACGUUUCUCCAUCCAUUUCUGCUUCACUAACCCAACCCACCACAAGUUUUCCCCAAUUGUCCAAACCCAGUGAUGUCAAGGCAGAGCCUUUAGAUUCCGCCCAGGAUGUGAGUCAGUUAGUCACCACAGGAAGUACCCAGGUUCUAAUGAAUCAACUUCCUGUUGGUGCAGUUCAUCCGGGGGUUGUCAUGGCGUCAGCACCACCUGGCAAAGUACCAAUAUCAGCUUCUCCUAAAGUUGCACUGCCCACUCCAAUCCAGAUCGGGAAUCACACGCUAAACUUGAAUUUGACGGUUGAACAGAAAGAGAAAGUUCAAGGUUAUCUGUCCAAGAUGACACCUGAACAGCAGCAGCAACAGAUCUCUCUCUUCCUGAAGCUUCAGCGUCAACAACAGCUGCAGGCCCAGGUAAAUGCUCAAGUGAAGGCACAGCAGGUUUUACAGCAGAAGCAGACGCUAGGCCCAGCCCUGGCACAAACUUCCAGCAAACUGCCUAUCACUGUGCAGCAACUCGAUAACAAAGCGGCCACUGCAACUAAGCCAGCGGAGCUAACGCCUUUGACAACUGUCUCCACAGCGACCACAUCAACUGUUCCUGGCUUAAGAAUUCCAUUUGCAGCUAUACCUAAGAGCCAGCUAAUUCAUCAGCAGCUGAGGAAAGACCAGGAUAACGCUCUAAAGCCUGACACAAAGUCACCAUUCCGGAGUCGGCGUGACACGUAUCGCCGCUUGCUCCGGUACCACGUGUUCCAAUGCAAGUCUCCUCCUGAUGAUCUCAUGGGAAAAGAUCAUGAGAUGUUUGAGAAUGUGGCUGUUGGGCUGGUACACAAAAAGCAGAGACUGUUUGACAAAUUUCGUCUUUUACUGUUGAAGGAGAGCAUGAGAGAGAAGAAGACUGCUGAGAUGGUAAUGAUACAGAGGCUGAUGAAUGAAGACCUAACAGAGACAAUCAAAUCAGAAAAGGAAUUGGUCACUUCAGAUCCAGAUUCCUUUGAACCAAUGCCAAUGAGGUUCUUACAGAAACAAGAAUCCGUAAAGUCAGAAGAUGUAUCUAUGGAGGAACAGGAUACAAUGGAUUUUUCAAAAGUGAUUAAAUCGGAAAGAAUUAGUGAAAGUGACACAAUUGAAAUAAAAAAGGAGCAAACAAGUCGACCUUGUACGCCAAAGGUCAAACUUGUGAUACGAAACGAUGGCCAGAACUUUACGAGCUCACUAGCAGAAGAUGGUAGUAGUGAUAGUAAUGAGAGUAGUUACCAUGAUAAUGUGAAUAUGGACACAUCAGAAGUAGAUCAUCAGAAUUCUAGCAACAGUAGGUCAGAUUCAGAUGACAUUUCUAAAAGAUUAUUUGGUGCACCCCACCUAACAAACAUCAAAAGAGAACCAUCAAAUGAUGAGAGUGAGUCGAUGGAGAGUGAUCAUUGGUCGGAUAAUAAUAAACCGUUCAACCUUUACCUAGGAACAGACCGAUCAGAUAAUUCUCCUGUCAGUAACUCUGACCUGGACGCUGGUGUGUAUGGCAACUCUUCUCCUUCUCCACCGCAAAAUGAAAUCUCGAGGAGCGAGUAUGAGGUUCAUGCCGGUGAUGCGGGUUCACCAGGUGCAAGUGCUAGGGGGAACAGUAAUACACCACCAUAUGAGAUGUCUGGGGAGUCUGUGAGACACCUCAUCUCCAACGACAGCAACUGUGAUAAUAGUGUCUUGGGUUAUCAUUCCAGUGAGAAGCAACCUCUGUGUGUCGAUUCGUUUUCGGAGAAAGACUUGUAUCAUUCCCACCACUAUCCACAGCAAUCGGACAGUUCUGAUAAACAGUCGUUCAAACCAUCAUUCAUGUCUGAUUCUAAGGUGCCAUUCUCCAUAGAAAAUGAGUUGUUCGGUAGAGAAGUUGAUCAUAUGAACCAGUCUAAACAGCGGAUCAGUAGUAUUGGUAAUGAUAGAGAAUUAGACUCUGCUGUUGUUGAUGUGGGCGGAUUCCAUCAGUCGCAGUAUGAACCGAUAUCCUCUCCAGAGAUUGACCAUGAUGAAUCUUUCUCAAGCCUAAUCACACACAGAGUGGACUCGGCUUACACCAUUGGUAUGGGCGAGCAUAAGGACCCACCACACCUGUCCAACUCUGAUUUACCAUUUAAUGUCCCAUCGUUUUCCUCUGCACGUUUGGAUGUGGAAACUCGGGAAUCGGUAGAGGACGAUGAAGCGACAACUUUAUAUAGUGAUGAUAGUGAUAAAGAGUCGGAUUCACAGCAGGAGUUGUUAAAAGCCCAAAUGGAAAGUGCAAUAAAUUCCAUUGUCAGUCUCAAUCAAGACUCCUCAGCUCACUCUCCAUUCACACUUGAUCAUUCACAGGAGUUCUUCAAUCGCCAUAGCUAUAUGACAAAUCCCACGACUGAGUCGGAAAGUGACAGUCCGGGUCCCAGCAGUCCAGUUCGGUCGGAAUCCCCAGAUCUAGAGGAACCUAUGGAUGAUGAUCUUGAUGCUGCUGUCAAUAGUAUUUUGAUGUAAAUAUAGUUCAUAGGUUAAGAGAAUGGUGUAAAUUAUUAUUGUUAUGGGGGAAAAUGUCUGCAUUAUGAUCACUAUUUUUUAAAAGAAAUCUGUAAAAAUAUUCUUAAUUGUACAUGCAUACAUAAGUUAUUUACCAUAAGACCUAAAAUUCACAAAAAUGUUUACUUUCUUGAAAACCGCAUACAUUGAUGGGUGGAGAUUGUAAAAAAAAUGACUUUCAACCAAUCAGAACAUGUGUUUCAUGUUGAGUAUGAUAUUGGUGAAUUAAAGGGUCCAUUAAGAGUGGCUAUCAACAUGCUUACACCUGUAUCUUCUGUAUAACCUAGUUUUAGUUUCAACGUUUUACGUGCUGUACUUAAGGCUUGGAAGACAUGCUCACAAUCAAUCUUGUCGGGUGCUGUAGUGUGAGAGGAGGAAACAAAGAAAGAGAGUUGAAUCCAUAAAGCAUAUAUUUGAUGUAUUAAAUAUUCUGGUAAGGAAAGAAUGUCAAACAUGAAUUUAGCCUGACUUAAAAAGGAGGAAACAAAAUGACACCAAACCCAUUUAAGACAGAUUCAUCUAGGUUUAUAAUUAGAUUAAAAUGACAAUUAUCAUUUCAGUGCAUCAGGACAGGUUAUUUUGUUCUCUAUUGAUAAUUAAUGAUUUGGUUGUGUUUUGAUUAUGCACUGUUUAUGUACAGCAGGACAGGUAUUUUUUGUCUCCUGUGGUGUAAAGUGCAAGGUUAAACUGUGUGUAUGUUGAAUAUGCAUUGUAUUAUUGCUGCUAUGAUGUUCAUGUGAAAUCCUUGUACAGGUACUUAUAAUGAUGCUAACGCAAGUACACUAUUUAUAAUCUUCCAUGCUUUCAGUGCCAUAUUGAGUGACCACUACUACAUAGCAAUACAUUUUAUACUUUUUCACUUCUAGAAUAUUUCUGUUGGGAUCUUACUUCUUGAUUUCUUGAAGAACUAUUUCUAUUAGAAACAAUGUUUCAAUUUACGUGAAAUUAUCAUUUAAUACAACUCAGUACCAGUUAUAGGGGAAGACUACAGAAAACAAAAGCAUUGAAUCGUUUCCUUUCCGAAUCUUUUCCAAAUUAUUAAAAGAAAUAUUAUUAAACUUUGUAAGACGUAUGUACUGUAAACAUAUACUAAUUUUUGAACAAACCUAAAAUUUGACAAUUUGAGAAAUCACAUUCGCCUUGUAUUUUGCGUUAUAAGCUUACCGUAUAUUAUGAGAUGUUACAAGAAGAUAAUGCAAAUUUUACGAUAAAUUAAGUUAAAAGUGAAUUGCGGUUAUAAAAACUUUGUCACUGGCCAAGUUCAUGCCUAGUUGUUUAACAGUGAUAAGAUGAUUACAGUGGGCCACUCGAUAGCAAUGCACGUGCUUUGCCAUGACUGCCAAGGAAAUGGCUCUCCGCGCUUUUGACACUCUGAAUUGACUUAUACUUGUUAUGUAACUGCUAUGACUACCAUGACAGUUUUUAGUUUGGAAAUAUAAAGGUUUUCUUGCGUGCAUUUAUGCAAUAAGUUCUGAUUGCGCAAACAUGUGAUACAUCAUUCAUUGUGCUAAAUAUUGAUAGUGCUAACUUAAGUAUGUUUACAGUAUAGGUUUUUUACUGGGUCUAUUUUGUAUUUUAACUCAUUUACCCCUAAAGUUUCUUAAUGAACUAUCCCAACCUUUGAAUUGGAAGAGUUCAAAUGUGUCUUCAGGGGUUAAUGAGUUAAGCAUCAGAAUGAUUAUUUCUUCAUUCAAGUACAUUGAUCCUGUCCAAUCUGACACCCACGCUGGAUCCAAAUGAGGUGGAAUAUGUACAUGUCAUAUAGUAGAUAAAUAUUUAUUUUGUAGUUUUACAAACAAAGGGGAUUACAGCUGCUGUAUGUCAGAUAUAACAGGAUUUUUUUAUGUUACAAAGGUGGUACAUAAACACAUGUAAGUAGUCUUUUUAUACAAACAGUAGUCUUUGUACAUAGCCAAUACAGAGGUCCUACCUGUACAUGUGAAAUGCAUACUGCAGUCUUUGUAUAUAGCCAAUACUGGGGACUUGUUACCUGUGUAUGUGAAAUAUGCUGGUCAUAUGUUUAGUACUUGUUGCCAUAUCAGUGAUACGAGACAUGUUUUAGUCAUAAAUUAUUAAAUCAUGAAAAGUAAAUAACUUAUUUUUGUUUUUCUCUCUAGUUUUAAACCAACGAUAAAUUACAUCUUGCUGUCAGGAAAUAAAUUACCUAUUUCCUACUCUAGCUAUAAUAUCCCAAGUUCAUUAUGUUAGAAUGUGUUAUAAUGUAUAGCUUCUUUUCAUUGAAAGAAAAAAAAUCAACACUUUAAGUGUGGUCUGGCAUCAAAAGUAGGAAAUGCAGGGUAAAUCUUGGUUAACCAUUGUGUUAAAAUAUGUAGUCCUACACACAUGCCACUUGUUUCACUGUGAUCUUCUGAAAAGUAUUUGGCCUUGGGGUUUGAACAUGUAAUCCAGGACUCGCAACAUGAUUCUCUGAAAACUUUUCAUCCUCCGAGUGAAUGUGUCGUCUAGAUCUUCCAACUUUAUCAUCUGUAAAGUAUUUAUCCUCUAGAUUUGAUCAUGUUGUCUAGGACUUAGAACAGUAAACCUGCAUGACCGAACAUUAUAAUAAUGCUCUCUUACCCUUUCUGAACCCCUAACAUAUGUCAUGACAAAGUUAAAGGCUCUGUAUAAAAUACCUUGUGAUUGAUACAAGUAGAAUAGUUUGAUGCUUUGAAAUACGUAAAAAGAAUCAAACUGCAGUGGAACGGUAAAAUUGACCUGUUUUGAAGUUAGAUGUUGCUUCUCUGUUAUUUUCAAAGGAUAGGUAUCAGCCUAAUGAUUGGUCUCUUUGACCUUAAACCAAUCAAAUAGUUAACCACAUUCCUUCAAUUUUGUCACGACAUAUACCACGGGUGCAGAGAGCGUAAGUGAGCGUAACCCUGAAAUUUGAGGAAGACUUUAUUAACCUAUGCACUUAAUCAUGCCUCUCUCCUAUUCCAUCUUUGCGUAUUGCAGAGUUAUCUUCUCUUGGGAGCAGGUAUUGAUUGUUACGUCACUUGUUUGUGAGA